AUGGUCUCUACGAAUGCUCAACGCAAUGAACAGCGGGAACAGGAGGCUGAAGCGUACCAAGCAAAACUCGACUUGGGCCUAGUCGAGGGGCCGAUCCCCGGACACUCUAAAUAUUAUGCGUGCACCGACGACCGGAUCCGAGGCGUGUACUGCAACUGGGGUCUCCUCCAACCGACGCUGGAUGACCUAGGAUGCCGGUACAAAUGCCAGCGCUACAAUAUGUUCCAGGAAGCAAACGAUGUUGUACAAGCCUCGGACCCGCACAGGCUCUCCACGCUAAUGGAGAGGCUCAACCUCUCUGCGGAUGGCGGCCGCCGUGACCGACAGACGUACACGAAUACUGGAAUACGUACGCUUGCGCCUACACAAGACACCCGUCGGGGCUCGGCGGCAGCUGCCCCGGGCACACGCGCGCCUCAUGCGCAGUCCAGUUCCCCGGCACCGAUCACCUCCGUACCCCGUACUCCUGUUCGCCCGGUUUCAGCGUCUCCUUCGCCUGCUCCACUCGGUUUGCCCUUCAGUUAUUCGCGUGCUCAGGCGGCCCCGCGUCGCACUGAGAGCCCUGUAUUUACUGGCUCUCGGGCCACUACGUCUGCUCUGGCUCCGCCGCCCUCUCCGGCUGCCACUGCUGUCUCCGAGCGUGCCAUGAGAGAUAUGCUGCUUGCCGGUGUUGCUAAUGCUGCACCUCUCUCUCGUGACUGGAAGGUGCUUCGCGGAAACACGCCGAAGCGCGGUUGGAAGUGGCACGCUGUCGCCCGCGGCAGACAUACUGGCGUAUUUGAUGACGCCGACUACGCUACCAGGCAGUGCAAAGAGUUCCCCGGAUUUGUGCGCAUGGGUUUCCGUGAGGAGGAACUGGCUCGCUCGUGGCUCAGGGCGUACUAUGAAGGCAAAGUCGGCAUCUAG